AUGAAAGCGCUUUGCAACUGCGUUUUUAUUGCCAUUUUCCUUCUCACUAAUGUUAUUGACCAAACAAAUGCAGCUUGGGUAGGAUCUACUUACGACAGUAACUCCGAUGGUCACAACCCAUUUAGUCAACAAGAUGGCGGUGGACUUGGUAACCAAGGGCCAAUUAUCGGAAAUUUUUAUGACCCUAAUACCGGUAGACACGGUCGACUGGAGAUCACGUAUUAUGGAGGAGGGGGUUAA